AUCUUGGCUAGCUAACUAACCGGCUAGUUAGGUUAUGGGGCUUGCUGUGCGGUUUUAACUCAGUGUUUAUAUUAGUUAGGUUAAAAUCUUAAUACAUUUUACUGCAACUAGCAUCUAUUUGCAAUGUUGCUUAAUUAGCUAGCUAGAGAAAUUGCUGACUAUUUAGCGUAUUUUCAUUAGGUUAGCUAGCUAGCUAUUUGCUACAGCUAGUUUAACUGACCAAAGUUUAGUUUUAGUUUCAUUUUGGAGUCAGUAUAGUAAAUUCUGCCUUUAGCAUUUGUAGUCAAAUAUCUCGCUAUCGUAGCUUCUUGAUACGAGUGAGAUGUUGGCGUAUGAAAAUGAGUAGUUUGUGGACUAGCUGACUAUCAUUGCCUUUUACUUGAUGCUAAUCAUGAGAAUAUCAGACGUUUGGCUAUUGGGCGCUUACAGUUUUCUCGCUGUCUGUAGCUUUUUUGUGAUUGCUAACGAUGAUGAAUGGAUUGACCCAUACAACAUGCUUAACUACGAUGCCACUUCAAAAAGCAUGAAAGAUCCCGACGAGGUCUUCAGCAACAGUCAUGUACCCACUAAAAGAAGAGACUUCGUUUCAGAUGGUAGUCAAGUGGAACAGUGCUUGGACAUUUCACAGUGUACCAACAUGUUGGAAAGGGUACAAAGAGAGCUUGAAGGGCACAAAAGGAGUGCAGCAUUUUCCUCCCAAAAGCAAAUAUGUUCUCCAGUGUUCAAGCGCUUUCUCAAAAAGCUUCUGAAGAAAAUUGAGAAACUUGACUUGCCCACUGAUAUUAAUGCUGUCAUGCACUACGAUGCUGAAGUAAAGCUGUCAAAGCAAGGGGUCACAGAGAUCAAGAAUCUUCUGAAUCACGACGGAACCUGGAGAACAGGGGCUUUGGAUGAAGCUCUUAGUCAAAUACUGAUCAACUUUAAACUCCAUGACUAUGAGGCUUGGAAAUGGCGCUUUGAGGAUACUUUUGGUGUGGAGCUGGAAACUGUCAUUAAGGUCUCCUUCUUUAUCUUGAUUAUUGUGCUCAUUAUCUGCACUGAGAUGUGGUCCACAGUCUCCUGGUUUGUGCAGUUUAAGAGAAUGUUUGCCGUAUGUUUUGUCAUUAGCUUGGUGUGGAACUGGCUAUAUCUCUACAAGAUCGAAUUUGCUAAACACCAGGCUGAUAUUAUAAAGAUGGAGAAUGUGAAUGAGAAGUGUACUGGACUUAAGAAAAUUGACUGGAUAGAUAAUCUCAGGGAGUGGUUUCGAACCACAUGGACUCUUCAGGAUGAUCCUUGUAAGCAAUACUACGAAGUUCUCAUGGUGAACCCCAUCUUGAUGGUGCCUCCAACCAAGGCCAUCACUAUCACCAUCAUCACAUUUAUUACAGACCCUUUGAAGCACAUUGGACAAGGCAUUAGUGAAUUUCUCAGAGCCUUGCUUAAAGACCUCCCUCUCCCUCUCCAAAUACCUGUGCUUGUCACUAUUGUGCUCAGUAUCUUGGUGUUUAUGUAUGGCAGUACCCAAGCAGCUAUCCAGCAUGCUGUUUUUAGACCACUGCGAGGUGGGCGAAGGGACCCUCCACUCCCUGCUGUGCAGCACCCUCCUUGCCCUCCACUGAGGGAGGUAGAUGAAGUGGAGGACAGGAACCCCUGGGCACGAGGUGACGCUGACCGCAUUUUGCAGCCCAGAGUGCACCCAGGCCAGGAGGGCAAUAGAACCAAUCAGAUGUGCAACCAAGGUCACAGCAGUCCUGAAGUUCACCAGAGGAGACACAUUAGGCCAAAAGAAAACAGACAGCGAGUGUAUGUGGAAACCUUACGGAAUGCAGAGAAUCUGUACAGUGGAGAUGAGGCAGACAACCAGCAGGUGGUCAGAGUUGCAGAGUCAUCGCAGCAUAAAGAGAAUGAACCUUUCACCAGUGAUAUUGCAAAGGAGGAAAAUGAGGCAUCAACACACGCAAAGACGAAUCCAGAGCAUUUAAGAACUGCACUCAGUGGGCCAAGUGUUAAAAGUGAUGACACUAAUAACAAAGCAUCACGAGAUUUGGAAGUAUCAACAACUGUCUUGGAAGCUUCUAGCAAAGAGUAAAAUGUGGAAACUAUUGAGACUCCGGUUCAAGAAAUGGUGCAGUAAUGGUCCUGCUUCAGAACCAGCUGUUUUUCUUAUUGUUUUGCAUCUUCAUCAUAAUUUUCUGAAUUGACUUCUGUUGUGUCUAUGUGAGGAGCUUAUGAUCUCUGUCAUGGAUGAAAGCAGUUCAGUGUAUAUACCUUUUGUGGUUUCUUGGCGUUUUUAAGUUAUUGUAAUGUCUGAGAAAUUAGGUUCCUAUAACUAAUUUGUUUUUGUUUGUUUAAUAAAAGAUCUCCCAAAUAAAAAAAAUAAUCUACUGACAUUAAAGUACAUUUCUUAGUUUUGAAUUUUAAAGGACACAUGAUGAUUCUUUUACAAUUAUUAUUUCAUGUGAAGUAUUUUACUGUUGUUCCAGCAAAAGAAUUCAACUGCAUCAAAAUUAUGAGGUUUUGUGCUGACUUGAUGAUAAUAAUAAAUGUAAUUCCUGCAAGUGUUUAGCAGCUACCUUACAAUGAGCUGUUCACAUGUUCAGAAAUAUUUUUUAUGAUGUUGAAUACUGGAAUAUCUCUUUGGCUUUAAAAACACUAGAAAUCUCAUUGCAAGUCCCAGUACUUUUUUUUGCCAACUAAUAUAAUUCUUACCCUAUUAUUUAUCUGCAAAAAUGACAUCCACCCCCAAUUACCGUCUUCGUGUGGUUGUGCACUGCAUUUCAAGGGCAGUUUCCAAGGGGUUGUCAAUUGGCAUUUACAAUAGUUCUGGCUGGACAGUAACCUGUCUUCCCACUGAGGGAACCAGAGGUAGAGGAUAAAAUAGACUUUUAGUUAUAAAUGUUGCAGAAUGUCGCAUAUAUUAAAAGAGACUUCACGCAGGAGGCCACCUUUAAGGCAACAUAAUAAUCGUAGUUCGUUACGUCAUGGUUUCUGUGCCACCAUAUUGGCUUAUACGACGUUGAGGAACAUGUAUCCAUCCCCCUGCUGUGUGGUGUCCCCGCUGAUCCCUAAAGAAACCUCUUGAAUAAAUAUUUGUGUAUAAUUUCUACGAC